GUGACCUUGUUUCUGCCCUCCUGGGUUUUUUUCGCCACCGUUAAAAAUCGUCGGAAAUGUGGCCAUCAGCCACAAUUUUCCCUCUAAUAUACGGUUUUGUACUACUAUCAGCUUCACAAAGCAAAGGCAUUGACAUCAAGAACCGUGACGGGAAAGGUAAGCUAAGCUCUUUUUGCUAAAUGAAAAUUUGCAGCACCGAUUCACUAGUGACAAUUCACCUAAAAUCCAUAUAACCUGCAGUCUGGACUUGGUUCGAAAGCUUUCUGUCGGUGUCAAUAGGAAAUAAUUCUACAUACUUCUGUCUUCUUCUGUAAAACUCCUUUUGCUGCACACAAUAAAUUUGAAUACUGUGAGGCUUAUCUGGUACUGACAUAUGCCUAAAUGUGACUUGAUCCCCUUUAAAUGUGACAAUUUGUGUUUGCUUUUAUUUGUUAACACCCAAUGUAUCGUGACUUUUGAUGAUAUCCGUGACUGUUGUCAACAAAUCUGCCCUCGAGGUUUACUGAUCAAUCAGAUAAAUAACCAUAUGUUACACACAAUACAUAGAGACGUUUACUGUCACUCGUAAUCCUUUUGAAGAAUGUGCUCAGCUUUAUCGCUUGACAGACAUCCGUGUAACUGAAAAAUCAAAGGUCCUUACAUGUCAAAUUCAACAGUAUUAUGAUUUGGGCCUGUACUGUUAUCAUACCCCCGGGAAAUUUAUUUGUUGUGAAAAAUGAAAAGCGUAAACUAAUGUAAGUUCAGCCGAAUAUCGAUGAAAUUGAAAAUCACAAUGAAUUGUGGAACUGGUUUUGGUUUCGGCUCAAUAAGUGACUUUGACUGUUCUACAUCUGCAUUGAACUAGAUAGGAGAGUUAGUUAUUGGGUAUUAAGAGAGAGAAUUACAACUUUAAAUAAUCUCGGUUCUUCGAAUAAAAAACAGAUAUUGAUACAACUCAUUUAACUUGCGCAUAGUUUUCCCUCAUUGCAGAAGACAAAGAGCAAGGUGUUGUUCGUCAAAAAAGGACGUUUGGUAAAGUUGAACCGCCAUGUAACUGUAAGUUUUCUAUAGUUACAUAACCCACACUAGUUUUCAAUUUUCAAGACUCGAUUUGUAAUUUCCUCUAUAACUUUCAUACAUUUUCUUGUUGACAGGUUACAAAAGCUACAGGUAUUAGAAAAUAAUACGGUUCUGCUGUGAAAUUUUGUGUAUUCCCAUCACGUUUUGGCUUUGUAACGCACCGAAAUUAUGAGGGGGAUUUCAUACGAUAUUCACUUCUGGGGCAAAAAAUGUUCGGUCGUAGGUAAAACUCUUGUGGUAAUCAUUUCCAGCAAUGUACGUUCGACCUGCCGCGAAAAAAUGAAUAAUCCUACUGAUAUUGAAUCACUUUGUUUGCCUUCAUUUAGUGACCCGUGGCGUGUACGUGGAAAGGUGGGACAGGAUAGAUUACAAGCGCAUUAAAUUUCUGCUGAAGGAUCCGCGAUUUCCGAACCUGCCAAGUUUUGCAACAUGUUUACCAACAUUUGAGCAGCCAACAAACUGGGGGGACUUCUUUGGUUCGCGAUUAAGAACCUACUUUGUCCCUCUUCAGACUGGAAACCAUUAUUUCUUCAUUUGUAAGAAUCCUGCUUUCCUUAAUAUGUAGUAAAAGAACGACCAAAGGGAGCAAAGGAUCACGUAAUGAUCCUGACAUAAUAAUGAAACUUCACCUAAGUAGUUCUUACAAGAUCAAGUAAAACUCAGGGUCAGGCAUUGUUGAAAAUUAAACAUAUACUGUUCAUCAUUACCACAUUAUUGGCUUCAGGAUCAUCAUAGAUAAACAAUAGCCUCCAUCUGGUGUGAAAAUAUUCACGCAUAACUGUCCGCGUACACUACCUGUUUCCAGAUGCGAACAGUUUUGCGAGAGUCAAGCUCGAGGAAAACUGUGAGCUUUGAGGAACAGAUAAUGUCCAAGGACAAAUAUGCGAGCUUAUUUUCGCACCAAGUGAGAGCGAUUGUGUUUAUUAUCCUUGAGAUAAAUUUGCAAUAUGCGGAAAAAAUGUUUACGAACAGCUUAUUGUUUACUGCGUAUGAUAUUCACCUUUGUUCUCUGGUAGGACUUUAUGAACCAACAAAAUGCUCUCUCAUUUUAUUUUAUCUCAAACUAGAAAUCACUCGAAGACUUUUCGUAUUGGAUGUAAGGUUUGAAAAUUAGGGAAAAUCUUCAGGGGUGCAUUCUCUGAUAUUUCGCACUUUUAGGUGUGGAAUAUGAAUAAUCGGUCACGUGAUAGUUUUGACUAAUCGCACAUGAACAAAAAAUGUUUGAAAAUCAUCAUAUCUUAGAAAAACCCGAUUAGUGUUCCAGAAGAUUGGCAAAAAACGUUCUGAUUUGGCUACGGAAGGGGAAGACUUAUAACUAGUACAGAUGUUGAAAUGAAAAAAGGCAAAACGCAAAAGCAAUUUUUGUGGUUUUCUUUUACUUAAUAGUACAUAACUACGAUACAAUUUCGCACUCCUUUUCUUUGAAAUACAGCUUCUAAUGCAGGAAGUGAACUGUUCAUAAGCACAAAUGCCAACCCAAAAGGUAAAACAAUGAUCACUGGAGUAGAUGGAGGAUUUCCUACAAACCACUACGAAUAUGACAGGUACACUUUCAACAAAGUAUGGUUUAAUUUGGGAUUCAUUUUCCACCGGAGAGGCGGAGGGUGAAAGUGAAAUUAAAAAUGAUCUUAGAUUGGCGUAUACGUUGAAUGGGGAAAUUUUUUUUCUCUACAUCGCCCCUCAAUAUGACUUUCACCAAGAUUCUAUAAGGGCAGGCGAGACCUUAAUAGUCCAUGGAAAGGAAAGGAAACAGAAAGAGCCAACAUCAUUCGAUGUAAUGUUCACCCUGUUCAAGUAUGAGUCGCCUUUCUUUUAAGUACUCAAGAGAAAUGGUCAAUUGUGCAAUGGAAUUCUUUUUAAAAAUUUGUAAUUUUUGGACUCAAUCCAGUUCUCCAGGACUACGUUAAAACAUAUCAAGGGUGAUUACAGUUGUAUUUAGCUUCGGUUUGAGACUUGUAAAUGACCAACACGCAAAAGCCCUCAGCUAAAUAAGCUAUAAAUAUUAAAACCGUUACAGGUUUACAAACCAGAAGUCACUCCCAGUUUACCUAAAAAAAGGCGUGUACUACUACAUGGAGGCAAUCAUGAAAGAUGACCAUCAAUGGGACCACUUAGAAGUUGCUUUAGAGACACCAGAUGGAAAGUUUUAUAAAGUGAUUCCCUCUCAAUUCCUCUGGACGAUAUACCACCCAUCUUCGGGUCAGUAGCUCAGUGCUCUUCAAUUUGAAAAUUUCUUUCAUUUUUUUUCUUGCUUAACUUUGUAUCCAUAAAUUCGCCCAUUCAAUUACAAAAGCCCCCCAGCCCCACACAUAAUCUCAAUUAUUCUCACAAUGUAUUAAACGAAAUAUCUGCACUAUUAUUCCAUAAAUUAAAAUUAACUAUACAUUUUUAUCGUAUAAUGUACGUUCUCCAGAGUACAACUUCACGUAUCAGGCAACAUUGAUCAGAGCAGCAGCAAUAGCUGGUGCUAAGGCUGGUUCGUCAUUCGGAGCAAAGUGGGCUAUGAAAAGUGGAGCAAAAGCUGGAGAAAAGGCUGGUGCAAUGGCAGGAAUGAGGGCUGGAGCAUCAGCAGGAGCCAGUGCAGGGGAAAAAGCUGCUGCGAACACGAUGACAAGGACUUUAGAAAAUGCAAUGAACUCCCUUCACGGUGAUGAACUUCAUAAGUUUAAGAUCACUCUCAAAAGCGGAAGUGAAGUCGAUAUUACUGGCCCUGGAAUAGGAGGGGCUGGAACCGGUGCUGCCGGAGCUGCCGGUGCUGCAGGGGUCGGUGGAGCAGGGGGAGCGGGAACUGCCGGUGCUUCUGCAACAGCUGGAGCAGCUGGAACGGCUGGAUCAGCUGGAACGGCUGGAUCAGCUGGAACGGCUGGAUCAGCCGGAACCGCCGGUGCAGCUGGAGGUGCAGGAGGAGGAGGAGGAGGAGGAGGAGGAGGAGGAGGUGGUACAGGAGGAGGAGGCGGAGGCGGAGGAGGAGGAGGCGGUGGCGGAAUAGCAGGAGGGAGUAGCGGAGGAAUUAUUGGCGCUGGAUCAAGUGGGUCUUCGAGUGUAGGGGGUGGCAACAGCGCGGCAGGAGGAACAGGUACAAGCAUAGGUGGUGGUGCUAGUGCUGGCGGAGGUGUGUCUAUAGGAGGAGGAGGAGGAGGUGCAGUGGCUGGAUCAUCUUCUGGGAUGGCUACUGGAGGCUCUAGCGCUGCAGGAAUCGCAGGUGGGGGUGCUGUCGGUGGGGCUCCUGGAGAAUCUUCCUACUCUUCACAACGUGAGGUCACGUAUAUUCCAAAACCGGGAGAGGAUCCACAGACAAUUGCCCGACAGUUAGUUUGGAGGGUUGGAGGCGCAAGCAAACGUAAGUGAAAAAUUCCCCUCAUAUCUCACUGAAAAACAUCAAAGUUUCACAAAGUAAUUCGUCCAAUAGAAAAAGAUGAAUUCCGAGCACAAAAUAGGGACAAGAUUCUUUUCAGACGAAAACUUUAAACUUUAAUGCUAGUGGUUUCAAACCAAAUAUUGAUCAGCGUAUGGAAAUAAAAUAUCUAGUCUAACAGAAUUCCGAAGUCCCAGAGCGAUUUUUCUGCAAUGAAAAGUAUCUGGGGACUUACUAAGCUUGAUUUAAUUAUGCAGCGGUGCAAGUUCUGAAUACUUAGUAGAUUGUUAUCAACUAGGGAAAAUGUUCUUGAGCGCAUAGAACAGUCAAUCUCAGACGCUGCACAACUAUGAGACCUGGAGUUCGUCAGUUGCCUGAAAUUAGACUAUUAAUCUUUAAUUGGAUAAAUCUUGACAACUGAUGUCUGUCAAAUUAAAAGAAAUCUUAUUCGUUCCACUCUCCUUAGUUGUGGACAAAGGACUAUACACUAUUCAUUCAUAUGACAUUCCAUAUGCCCAAGAGAACAGUACACUUAACUUCUGCUGGCGUUCCAAAAACAGUGAUGUUGCGCUGGAUCACUUCUGCCAAGUUUUCAGAGCUCAUAUUCCAGGCCUUUUCGAGAAAGUUAAGGACAGUGACGGCACAGUUUCAUUUGAGUCACUCUGUUUACCAGGACAUUACAUCAAGCAAAGAAACUACCAUUUCAUUCUUCAAAAAAGGGACGGAUCGGAACUCUUUGGUAAGGAUUAAUUUCAAAUGCUUGCUUGUUACGUUCCAUAUUACAUUUCCCCCCUUUUCUUGGGAUACUCAAUCGUUAUAAUUGCAUCAGAGGACUGCAAAAUCGGCAAGUGCAAGUUCAAUCCUUGAACCAAUUUUCGCUUGACAUUUUUAAGUACUAUUUCACAAUCUUUGUGUGUCUUCUUUCGUUUGAUUGUAAAUGGGUACAUGUAAAGAUUUUUAAAACGCUACUGAAGGUCCUCACUUCUGGUCCGUCCGUCAUGUUUUAGAAACCGGACAACCAACAGCAAGAGUACAGCAGAAGAUGCCUUUGGUUCACAGUUUCAUUUCUGUUCUUUACUUUAGUUGCGUAGCUAUACUGUCCAAUGUAAAUUAUCCAAUUUUUUUAAAUAUGUAUAUAUACUUUUUUAAAAUUAUACCACGACAAAAGAACGAUGCUCCUAUACAGAGAUCUUUGCCAGCUUUAUUGAUUUGACCCUUUAAUUUCAGAUAAAGAGAGCUCCUUCAGAGCUUUCUCUGUGAUGAAAUACACUCGGAAUCUGAUGCUGCAAUCUAUGCAUAAGGAUUGGUAUAUUUGUGAAAAAAAAUCGAAGUCGAUCCAUAUAGCAUCUGAAUUAAAGUUGGACUUUUACAAUGGUGACCCUGAUGUCCUCGUUCGCUGCACGUUUGUCUUUCAUCCUAUCGCUCAAAAUGAAAAUAAAUACAGGAUGUGCCAGAGGGUAGUGGGACCUGUGGCACAACCAGAAAUAAGUGGACAACCUCUUCCGCAUCCUCCUCACUUAGUUCCGGAUGCAUCACCAUCCCCUGCUUUGCCCUCGUGUAUACCAGUAUGUCCAGCAAGGAAAGGGGAAGGAGCCUCAGCUCAACCAGGAAAUUUUGAACCAUCCAUUCCCGGCCCUCCAACGUCAUCUGGGAGUCCUUCUGUCGCAAAUGUCAAGAGUAGGUGACUCUUUUAAUGCAUAUAUUCAAUGUGUUUUGCUUUACAGAUAUCUCUUGUCUCCUGUAUCUAACAAGCAUAGAAGAGCUGUCUUCAAACUUCUCCUGGGGUCAAAGUUUUAAUAAAUUUACGUUCCUUUUUUUUGUUAAAUUAACAACUUUAUGCAAAGUCAACACUUUAAAGUCAGUUUGAACAGAAAAAAUCCAAUAUGGGGAGCGAAAUUAGUCGAGUGGUUUGUAAUGUAUUGUAUAAUCAUUUUUAAAAUCUAUUUUACGCUAGUACUCCCUCUUGAUUUUUUUUUGUCGGCAGAGGCGUGUGUCGCCGUGAACUUCAUAAACAAUUUUGGAUCUGAAUUCAAAAUUUUAUCAUCCCUCAAACACGAGGCAUACCUAGUAACUGGAUCUGGCUUUAAGCUGAAGCUUAUGAUAAACCGGCCCGAACUUCACAGUCACGUGACUUUCACCGCUGAAGAUCCUAAAUGGAACCGGGAAUUGCUAUUGAACCAAAAGCCAAAUAUAUCAGAGGCAGUGGUCGAGGGAUGUCCUGAUUAUAUGGAUGUCAUAGUGACAUCAAAAAAAGGUAAAAAUGAGCUAUAAACUGUUGAUGAUAAUCGCUGAGCAACUACCCUUUACCAGCAGGAUUGCAAAUGAUCAAGGUGUACCAUGAUGAUAUUCCCACGACACAGUAAAUGAGCCUUCCAAAAAAGACAGCCGACUUGGUUUCUGAGCGUUUAAAAUGAGUCAAUUAAGUGUAGCAUUGAUACUACUACUUGACUGUUAUUCUACAUAGAUAUCAUCUUAUCUACAUACAUCUGGAUACUUUUUUUUCUCCGCACAGGCGCCUCAACAAACAGGACCGGUAGUCAUGUUGCUCCUCCGUCACUUCCGUUAACACCUUCCUCACCGGCUUCAAUAUUCCCUCCACCCUCUCCCCCUGCCUUAUCUCCAGCUCAACCCUCUCCCCCUGCCUUAUCUCCAGCUCAACCCUCUCCCCCUGCCUUAUCUCCAGCUCCACCCUCUCCCCCUGCCUUAUCUCCAGCUCCACCUCUACCUCCGUCCCCUCCAUACAAUUAUCGAAAGCCUCCUUCUUCUCCAGUAACAGCACCAUCUCCACCCUCCCUGCCAUCAUCACCACCUUCUUCAGCUUCAGUAUCAAACGGAAGUAAGUUUACACACUGAGGAAGAAUUACUACUUCUGACCAGGAUUGAUAUCCUCAGCGAAAUUCAAAUUUUUUUUGGUAACUUUCGCAGUUUCGCACCGCUGUCUUUACCUUUCAUGAGAUUCCGUUUUUGUUAUUUAUGUGAAACUAAAUCCCAAACUUAUGUCAGAAUAACGUAGCAACUCAAGAAGCAGUUAUACUGAUGAAUGCUGUGUUCAUAUUUUCAUUGAUAGAGCAAAAUCUCAUGCACACAACAAAUCCAAAGUCAUCAUAUCCAGGGCUUUGGAAAUAUUGGGACUGGAUAACUUAAACAUUUUCUUAAUUGUUAUUAUGAACGCGUAACUAACCUUUUUUGAUUUAAUUCAUUCAGAACAGGAACCACAAGCACUCCACUAUCACUAUCACUUCCAUGGUCAGAAAGCAACGGCGGGUAAAUCAGGUAAAAUUUUAGAACAAAGAAUAUACGACGAUUCUGUUCUUACUACAACCUAAUGACAUAAUUAGUGAUUAUUCAACGAUCUCGGAUGACCUGGCCGGAUCUCUACCAAACAAAGCAACAGACAAAGAACACAACAUUAAUACAGCCAUAAUGUACGCCAACAUGCCUAAAGUACAACAUUAAACACACAAGCUGGAGGCUUGACAAGAUUUAACCGGACUAUUUUUUUAAAUAUGUUUGUUUCAGCAUUUUGUCCCAACAUGUGCUCGCAGUCUGCAGAAUGUCAUCCCACUUGUCCAUCACACUGCUGCAAGCGCGACUUCGAUGAGGAAAUAUCAGACAACGAUGAUGACGAAGAUAUAACGGUGAUUUGAAAACGUCCAUUCAUUGCAUGUCGCUAUUUUUCUCGUUUAAAAUUAACAAAGAUUGUUGAUUUGUAUAUUGAUGGCGGAUGGGCGUGCUAGCAUAACUCCUGACCUUAGGAAACUUAAAAAAAUGGCUUUCGAGGCUAUUUUAGCGACUCCUGCAUCGCUUGCCUGGUGAAAAAAAACAGAAGACAUUUAUUGUCUCUAAAAUAAGUGCUCAUGUAUCUGUCUCCAC